UUUACUGGCUGAGUCAGACAGUUGUAGUUGUAGUGCUUACGGGUGUUCUGUUAAUUAUCCAUAUCCUAUUCUCAACACUCCUUUGGUUGUGCUGUUUCCUGUCUGAAACUCUUGCUAUAGAAAUUCAGGCAUAUAGCAGUGUAGAUUGAAGGAGUAUGUCCCUAUCCCAGAAGGCACUGUCACUGUGUUGUAGCUCACUUAAACUAUGUCACACUACCAGUUACUCUACACAAAAACCUCCAUUCAUGACACCCAACAUCCACAUGCUCAAUUAUCCACUUCUCACCAGUACAACAAGGUGCAAACUGCAUAGGAAGUUGAAGCCUUUAUCAGCAUCUCUUUCGGUUGAACCACCACUUGACCUCACAGAAGACAACGUGAGACAGGCUUUGGUCGAUGCUCGAGGUGAGCUUGGUCAGAUCUUUGACACUUCUGUUGGUAUGACAGGUGUAGUUGAACUGGUGGAGUUGGAUGGACCUUACGUGACCAUUAGCUUGAAGGGUCGGUUUUGGCACAAGCGUUCAACUGUCCUUGCCAGACUUGCUAAUUAUCUCAAACAGAGGAUUCCUGAGAUUUUAGAGGUUGACAUAGAAAACGAAAAACAAUUGGAUGAUAGUCCUGCGAAUUUCUAAGAAAUUGUUCUACUUAGCAGUUAGGAUGCUAAAGCUUGUUGCACCUUUUAAGAGUUUUGUUUCCUCAACUAUGCAGUCUUCGAUAUGAAAGUACUUCUAAACAUGUAUGAGAGAUGAUGAUCAAUAAAUCCUUCUCAAUUUGAGAAGCUUGGAUAAGGGGAUGCUCACUAUUGACUCUGAGAGUUGCGAUGCGCAGUUGCAAUAUUAUGUAGUUUUCCACUGAUGCUUCAAGCUUCUUAGUACUAUAAGUAGUAGAGAGCAUUUUGAACUUGUAUACAUUUUAAUACGUAAAUGCUCAAAAUACUUUAAGUUUUUCAUCUGAGAGUAUGUUAUCAUGGAAACAUCACAGGAGAGAUUUCUCGUAACAACUUUACUAUGUUAUCUCAUUGUAUUAUUAGCACA